AGGGAUAGAAGGUGGCGAUUAGGAGCGCACGGCGCCUGCGCAAUGAGCGGCUUCUCCCUGACUGGCUACUGGUGGCGGCCGCCAUUUUCCUUAGUGGACGGCGGUACGGGUAUUCAGGACUUACUAGAAGCAACCCUGAGUCCGAGUCCGCCCUAUCCUUGUCCUCUUCCGCAGUUUCCACGGGAUAUACUCGGGAGCUCGCCCGGAAAUAACAUGGAGGAUGAUGGACAGCCCCGAACACUAUAUGUAGGUAACCUUUCCAGAGAUGUUACAGAAGUAUUAAUCCUUCAGUUAUUCAGUCAAAUUGGUCCUUGUAAAAGCUGUAAAAUGAUCACUGAGCACACACAAUACCAGAGGGUUGGUGCAUCCGUUGGAUUUUCUGUUUUGCAGAAUACUAGCAUUGAUCCAUAUUGCUUCGUGGAAUUUUUUGAACACAGAGAUGCUGAUGCUGCAUUAGCUGACAUGAAAUGGCCGAAAAAUACUGGGAAAAAGUGAGAGGUCAAAGUAAAUUGGGCAACCACACCCAGCAGCCAGAAAAAAGACACUUCCAAUCACUUCCAUGUAUUUGUUGGAGAUUUGAGCCCAGAAAUCACCACAGAAGAUAUUAAAUCAGCGUUUGCACCUUUUGGCAAAAUAUCUGAUGCUAGGGUUGUGAAGGACAUGGCAACAGGAAAAUCCAAAGGGUAUGGCUUUGUUUCAUUCUACAAUAAGCUGGAUGCAGAAAAUGCCAUUGUACAUAUGGGGGGUCAGUGGUUAGGAGGCAGACAAAUUCGAACGAACUGGGCUACACGAAAACCUCCUGCACCAAAAAGUACACAAGAAAAUAAUACAAAACAGUUACGGUUUGAAGAUGUAGUGAACCAGUCAAGUCCUAAAAAUUGCACAGUGUACUGUGGUGGAAUUGGGUCGGGUUUAACAGAUCAGCUCAUGAGGCAGACAUUUAGUGUAUUUGGCCAAAUUAUGGAAAUCAGGGUCUUCCCAGAGAAGGGCUACUCUUUUGUCAGGUUUUCUACCCAUGAUAGUGCUGCUCAUGCCAUUGUAUCUGUGAAUGGAACCACCAUUGAAGGCCACGUGGUGAAAUGCUAUUGGGGCAAAGAAACACCUGAUAUGACAAAGAAUGUGCCCCAGGUGGAUUAUAGUCAAUGGGGUCAGUGGAGCCAAGUGUAUGGGAAUCCACAGCAAUAUGGCCAAUAUGUAGCCAAUGGUUGGCAAGUGCCCUCCUAUACUAUGUAUGGACAAGCUUGGAACCAGCAAAGCUUCGGAGUAGAGCCAUCUCAAUCAGCAACUUGGAUGGGUGGCUUCAGCGCUCCACCUCCACCCCAGGGACAAGCACCCUCAGUAAUACCUAACCCCCCAGGAUACAGCAUGGCCAGUUACCAAACUCAGUGAACCAGGACACUCUGAGAAUGUACACAUGCUAUUACAGUUCAGUUGACUCAAACAUGUAGAUAACAGAAGACACAAGUGGGUUGGGAGAAAACCUAUUGGAUGUUGCAUAGAAGGGGGAAGGUACAUUUAUUAAAAUGAAACUAUUUAUUUAAAGCUGAAACCGUUUUGGAUUCCAAAGUUCCACUCAGUUUUGUUGACGGACUUAUUGGUUUGCCUUUUUAAGAACCAUUUCCCUUUGAUUCAGGACUGGUCUUACAGAUUCACUUUUUUGUUUAAAGGAAAUAAAAACAAACAUAAUAAAAGCCAUUCAAGAUACCUGGCAAAAAAAUAAUAGUAUUUGGUUAGGUUAAGAACAUGGAAAGCAUAUUUUUACUUUGGGCCAGAAUGGAUUUGUUCUCUUUAUUUAUUUUUAUUAUAUUUUAUUUUUUAUUAUUUUUUUUAUUAUUAUUUCCCCUUCAGGUUGGCCUAAAACUGCUAUUAAACAAUAUGGACCAAGUUUUUUUUUUUUUUAUACAGGUUUCCCCCUGCCAUAUUUCAUAAAGUAACAUUAUUUUAAUGAACUAUUACAGUGAACACAGGUCUCCAAAACAAAUCCCCAUAAAGUCUUUCUGAAGGGAGAUUUUAACAUCCUAAAAACAAACUAAAAUAAAGUUGUAUGCUUGUUUUAUCUACCUUCCCUAUGCAGUACAUUUACUUUAGCUAAUGUACUUUUCAAGUCCAUUUUAAAGCACACGUGCUUUUUUUACAUGCUAUUUCUUAUGGGACAAGAGUAUAGUUGGAAAUAAUUGUCAAUAUAAGCUGAUAAAAUUGGUGCCGAGAGAGGUUGCUUAAAUCUUUCUAGAAACAUCGCUGUCAGAUGUUAAUGGUUAUGUUUGACAAAUCUUUCUGGCAAGCUGUAUUUAUACUGUUAUUUUUAGUGGGUUUAAGAAUGGUAGGCUUAUUCUUUAGCACAAAACUUUGGUUGGAAUGUGAACUGGUUGUAAUAGAUAAGUUGUAUGCUGUAUCUGUCACAUGUUAUACUUACACAUAUGAAGAGUAAAUACAUGCCUGCCAAGCCCAGUUUACUCUAACAAUCUUUAACAUGCUAUUGUUUGUGUUAAAGGUUUUAGACCCUCACUGUAAUGUCAAUGUACGGUCAUCUGUGUUAUCCAUAUCCCAAAGAAAAGGCAUCUCUUGAGAGGAAAAACUCUAAAGACUCACUUUUUUGUGACCUGGGUAUCUGAGGUCUCUAACUUCUUAUUUUGAAACCUUUUAUUUAUUUUAUUUGAUAUUCUUUUUCUGUUUGGGAUACUGAAUUUGUAUAAAAAAAAUACUGCUACCAUUAUUCUUAACCAGUCUAAACUAUAUUUGUACUCUCUAACAGAUAAAAAUAACAAAACAAAAAUCUGUGUGCCAAUUGACUGGUUUCCAAAUCUGACACCCUGCAUUGUAAGCAUUUUCUAUCCAGACAGCAACCUGUAAAUAUCUGCAAUAUAAGUGUUGCACCAGCAUGCUGCAGAAAACAAAUAGCGCAUCAACGUCUGGAAAUAGUGUUGGCUUUCAGAAAUGAGUUGAUAACCAUGUUCAUGAUUUUCCAAAGUAAACUUUAUUUUAAAGUGAGUCAAUUUACAGAAAACUCAAUAAGCCUUAAUUUCAUUCUUCAAAGCUUUUUCAAGACACCACUUUUAAUUGUGUUAUGUGCAUCUAUUAUGCUUUUUCCAAAUGUAUUGGUAUGUAAAUACCUUGUUUGAACUUUUUUCCAUGUUUUUUCUAUGUUGAGUUGGUUUUUAGAAAAAAAAAAGUAGGUUGUCCUGUAUUUGUGUAGAUUUUUUAACAGGUUUGUUAAUAAAUCUUUUAAAGUA